AUGCGCGCAGUUCUUUGCCUGUGCUUACUUGCUUCCACCGGGGCGCUUCAGGGUGCGGACGAAGCAUCUGCAAAGGCCCUCUUCACCCGCCUUGACACUAACAAUGACGGAAGUGUGGAUCAGGAAGAGCUCCUGGCCUGGAUGAUGCAGCAGGACCCUGAAAUGGCACACGAAGAUGCGGAGGAAGAGGCAAGCUCUGCUUUCGAAGCUUUCGAUGAGGAUAAGAAUCAGAAAAUGUCCCAGGCCGAAUUCGCGGAGGCUGUGCAGACCAUGGAGGGCCUCAAUGAGCGCGACAAGAAUGACGAUGAAGAAGAAAAUGACGUGGAGACUGCAGAGGAGCACUGA